AUGAAACUCUAUUUAAGUAACUUUAAACAAAGUCCUCUUUAUCUCAAUCGACAAGAUAUUGUUUUACUUGAAAGUCGUGAUAUACCUGAUGUAACAUUUCUUCGUCUACAAAACGAAGAUCAUUUAUGGCUUAUUUGUUCUUUAUUAACACCAUCAACAGCAUAUGAAUUAUUACAAGAAAAAAUCUUACGUGUAUUUCUUUUACGUAAUAUAGCUCGAAAUAUAAAUAUUGUUGAAGAACAAUUUUUUAAAAGAUUAAUUAUAACAUGUGCAUUUAAUAUUAUACGUGAAUUAAUUGAUCGAACAAGAAUACGUAUAUCAGAUAAAAAAGCAAGAAAUAUGUUUGGUAUUGUUGAUGAAUAUGGUGUAUUAGAAUAUGGUCAAGUCUUUAUUCAAUAUAGUCUAAUGAAUGAAAAUAAAUUAAUAUUAACCAAAGAAGAAGAAUCUUCAAGAAAAAAUCAUAUUAAUCAAUGUGAAAUUUUAACAACUAAAGUUGUUAUUACAAAAAAUCCAUGUCAUCAUCCAGGUGAUUUACGAACAUUCGAUGCUGUUGAUUGUCCUGAAUUAAGACAUUUAAAAGAUGUUAUUGUUUUUCCACAAAAAGGUCCUCGACCACAUUCAAAUGAAAUAUCAGGAUCUGAUUUAGAUGGUGAUGAAUAUGUUGUUAUAUGGCAUAAAGAUUUAAUACCACAAACACCAAAUGAAACUCCUUAUGAAUAUGAUUCUCAAGAAGAUCCACCGAAAAUGAAUCGUCCAAUAACACGAGAUGAUAUUAAUCAAGUUGUUAUGGAAGUUAGCGAACAAGAUUGUCUUGGAACAUUAUCAAAUAUUCAUUUAGCUUUUGUUGAUAAAUAUGGUAUUAAAUCAGAAGACUGUACAAAGUUAGCUGGUCACAUUUCACAAGAAGUAGAUGCAGCAAAAACUGGUAAACAUCCUUUAACAAAUGAUGAAAUUAUUGAGCUUAGAAACAAAUUAGAGAAUAAAUGGCCCGAUUUUAUGAAAGGACGUGGAAGAAAAGAAUAUUAUCCAUCAGAACAUAUUCUUGGUAAAUUAUAUCGUUCAGCACGGCGUGCUGUCAUAGGUUGGAGUCGUGCAAUAAGUAAUCAUGGUAAUUCACAUCAUACACAUUUAGCUCUUGAAUUAACUUCUGGUAUGAAUAUUAAAGAUGAAGAACUUAAUGAAACUGUUAAAAAAUUAAAUAUAUCAAAAAUUUAUCACCAACCACUUGAUCCAUUAAUAAUACAUGACAAUUGGAAAAAAUAUCUUUCGGAAAUAAAAUUUUUAUAUACUAUUUAUCGAAGUGAAUUACUUGAAAUUAUAAAUUUAUAUCGUUUUCAAGAUGAAAUUGAUCUUUUUUGUCGUUGUGAAUCAAUGGAUGCAUCAGGCGGUGGAAGUAAAAAAGGUAGUCUUGAAGAUUCAGCUGCAAUUGAAGUACAAAAUUUAAUUCGUAGAAUAAAAGAAGAUUAUUAUAAAGAAUUUGAUCAACAACGUGAAAAAUAUCAAUGUUGUAAAUUUGAAAAUAGACCUAAUUCGGAUCGUAUGAAAAGAAUUACUUGUGCAGAUUGUAAUGAAAAUAAGCUAGCUAAAGCUGCUUGUGCUUAUAAGUAUAGUUAUGAACAAAGUAAUUGUUUACCAUUAAAAUCUAAUCGACGUAUACUUAGUUUUCCAUGGCUUUUUUGUAAACAUCUUAUUAAAUUACGAUAUCGUAAUAUGACAAACAAUUUUAUUGAUCAAUCAAAUACAAUUGUUCGUUAUGCAUGUUCAGAUUAUUUGAAGAAUUUUGAACCAAAAUUUAAAGUUUUUAUUCCUGAAAAUUCUAUUGAUAUUCCGGUUGUUGAAUUUUAUUAUAGAAAAGUCGAAGAAAAAUCGAUAAGUUUAUUGCGUAUAAAUGGAAAAUCUGAUGAAAAAAUUUCUCAUGUACCAUUAUUACGUGCUUGUUUUGUUGAAAUAUUAAAUGAUUGGUUAAUAAAACAAAAUAUAUUUGGUGAUAAAUGUAUUGAAACUGAUCAAAAACCUUUAAUACCCGAAUCAAUUUGGCAUGAAUUACUUGUCAAGUUUCUAUCGGAUAACGAUGAAAAUAAUGUUCGUCUUGUAUUAACUUCUAAAACUCAAAGUUUUAUUACAGAACGUUAUCGUCAAAUAAUUGAUAAUUAUUGUGAGACAUGGACAAGUACUGAAGAUAAAAAAUUACAAGAUAUGUUUCUUGAAAUACAUCAACUUGCUGUAGUUUAUAUUAAAAAAACUCAAUUAACAAUAUGGAGUUAUCUUGAUGAAUAUAUUAUUUUAGCUUUCCAAUGCAUUGGUAUUGAAAAGAAACUUGUUGAUAAAUGGAUAUAA